AUGAGCGCAGCUGCGACUAUCAUUGUAGACUUUGGGUCCUCCUCCGUGAAGGCUGGGACGGCGUCAGAAUCUCUGCCGUCGCUUAUCUUUCCCAGCGUUGUUGGCGUGCCAGCGAAGAAGACGGGUUUGAUACGACGCAACAAAUUAGCACAGGAUGCGUCACCGCUCGCACCAUUCGUUGUUGGCGCUGAAGCUUUGCACGAGAUGCACCGGGCCACUCUGCACCAUCCCAUCCAGCACGGCAUCGUGAAGGACUGGCCAAGGAUGGAGCAAAUCAUUCACCACACAUUUACGGAGUUUGGGUUGAAUGCGGAGGAAACCUCCCUUGUGUGUACCGAGUCGCUCUUCACGCCAAAGAGCUGCUCGGAGCAGCUGGCCGAGCUGCUGUUCGGAGCGUUCGAUGUGGCCUCGCUGGCGUUUAUUCCCUCCGGAAUAUGCUCUUUGUACGCUAGUGGGCGCACAACUGGCAUCGUUUUAGACUCUGGCGACGGUGUCACACAGGUGACGCCUGUGUACGACUCCUACAUCAUCCGCAACGCGGCCAACCGCUUCAACCACGGCGGCCAAGACGUGACGGAACACCUGCGCACCCUACUGUUUGAGCGGGGAUUGAACUUCACGUCGCCGCAGGACAGGUUGACAGUUAAGGGUAUCAAAGAGCGCCUCUGCUACGUGUCACCCGUGUACGAGAAGGAGCUUCACGAGGAAGAGAAGCAGCAUCUAUUCGCGCUGCCUGACGGACAGGAGGUGCAUAUUGGACGGGAGGCUUUUCGUGCGCCGGAGAUCCUCUUCUCUCCGCACAUCACCAUGUUGGAGCUCCCCUCGAUGCAGGAUUUUGUUGUUGAUGCUGUGAAGGGCUGCAGUAUCGAUAUUCGCAAGAACAUGCUGUCCAGCAUUAUUCUCAGCGGUGGGAACACCAUGUUCAUGGGAUUUGCAUCGCGGCUGGCGGAGGAGGUGCUGAAGGAGUUCCCGGGCCUCUUCGGGACUGCAAAGGUGAUUGAUGCGCCUGACCGGCUGUACAGCGUGUGGUCGGGUGCGAGUGUGCUGGCGGGGCUUGCGUCGUUCUCCGAGCAGUUGGUGACACGCGACGUGUUUGACGAGAAUGGGCCGGGCAUCAUCCACAGUUAUGGCCACAGUACAAUGACGGGCGAUGAGGAAGAGUUGUCGGCGGAAGAGGGGAGGUGA